CACCCAGUGAGAUCGCCAACCCAACGCAAACGCAUCGAGGAAUAGAAGAAGGCGAGGAUAAAAAGAAAACUUUCGCACCACCAACUCACACUGACCGCAACUUCCCAACAAUCUCGGUCCCUCCCUCCCUCCUCCCUAAACUCCCCAGCAACCCGCGGCCGAGCCCCGUAGUCCGUGCACCAGUUGUCUCGCGUCGUCGUCGUCGCCGGGGCUGCAGCCUGCAGGCAGCGACCUAGCUAGGAACGGGUGACAUGGCGCGUGCGGCGGCGUCGGUGGCCGCGGCGCUGCUCGUCGUGCUCGGCGUGGCAGCGUCGGUGGCGACGGCGCAGAUGGAGACCUGCAGCGGCGACCUCCCACCCGUGCUCGCCGCCAACUACUCCGGCCUGGCCUGCCAGCCGGUCUGGAACAACUUCGUGCUCCGGUACCACCAGGACAAGGACAACGUGCUGCGGGUGGUGCUGUCCACGAUGUACAGCACGGGGUGGGUGGGCAUGGGGUUCUCCAGGGACGGCCUCAUGGUCGGCUCCAGCGCCAUGGUGGGGUGGAUCGGCAAGAAGGGGCUCCCCCACGUCCGGCAGUUCGCGCUGCGGGGCAAGAGCAGCUCCAAGGUGGUGGUCGACCGUGGCUUCCUCGUUUCCAACGACCACGACCACACUGUCGUGGUGCAGCAGGCCAAGAUCUACCUCGCCUUCCAGCUCAGGUUCUCCUACCGCCUCACCCACCAGCACAUCGUCAUGGCCUUCGGCAACAGCAUCCCCGUCAAGAACAGGCUCACCAGGCACCAGGACAAGACCUCCUUCACCUUCGAUUUCACAACGGGCAGAGCUUCGGUGGACGGGUCCUUCCCAUACGGCCUGCGGCGUGCGCACGGCGCGCUGAACGUGUUCGCGUGGGGAGUCCUGCUGCCCAUCGGCGCCAUCCUGGCGCGCUACUUCCGGCGGAUGGACCCGCUCUGGUUCUACCUCCACGUGGGCGUCCAGCUCGCCGGCUUCAUCAUCGGCCUGGCCGGCGUCGUCGCCGGGGUGGCGCUGUACAACAAGAUCCAGGCCGACAUCCCCGCGCACAGGGGGCUCGGCGUCUUCGUCCUCUUCCUCGGCAUCCUGCAGGUGCUGGCCUUCUUCCUGCGCCCCAGCGCCGACUCCAAGUACCGCAAGUACUGGAACUGGUACCACCACUGGGCGGGCAGGCUGGCGCUCUUCUUCGCCGCCGUCAACAUCGUGCUCGGGAUCCACGUCGGCGGCGCCGACAGCUCAUGGAAGAUCGGAUACGGCUUCAGCCUGGCCGUCCUCCUCGUCGCCGUCGCCGCGCUCGAGUUCAUGCUGUGGACGAGGUGGUCCAAGAACAGCACCGCCACCCCGACGUACUAGGAACCUGCUGCUGCACGUACCUUGUUGUUUUUCCGGGGUCGGAUGAUGUUUUGUGUUUGCCUUUGACCUUGUUUUUUU